AUGGCAUUGCACAAUGAACAAUUUUCGAACGAGGACUCUGAUAUGCCACUGUCACAAGUUAUAGCAAAACGCCGUAGGAUCACACGCAUAAGUUCUGAUGAUUUUUCAACAGAAAGCUCAAGCGACAUAAUACCUUUUCAUCGUCUACCUGUACGUCGCAAUAUAAUUUUAUCAAGCAGUGAAGACGAAGAAGAUCAAUCGAAUCUUAUCAACAAUUAUACAAAUCCUUCUUCCACGGACUGGUCUAAUCCUACUGGAAACCAACCACAGCUUACGCCUUUCGUAGGUGGACAUGGUUUUAAAAUAUUAAAUCGAAAUUAUGAAAAUGUAGGAGACAUUUAUUCCUUGCUACUGGAUGAUAGAAUCCUUGAAAUUAUAGUGGAAGAAACCAAUCGAUAUGCGGAAAAGAUGUUGCUUGAGAAAACGUCAUCGCGGUUAGACAAAUGGAAACCGACAGAUAAAACCGAAAUGAAACGAUUUUUUGGGCUCAUCAUGUGGAUGGGCAUAGUAAAACUUCCCGAAGUCCAUUUAUAUUGGUCCACAAAUGCAGCUUACGCUCAAAGUCUUCCUGCGGCGGUGCUAUCAAGGAAUCGUUUUGAGCUUUUGUUGCAAAUGUUACAUUUCUGUGAUAACGAAAAUGAGAAUCAUGACGACC